CGAUUCGAAAAUUCAAGUAUGGCCGCUUUUGCGGUUUUUCCUUAACCUCAUAUCUUAACCUUUAAAAAUAUCAAAUAACUAUACUAGUUUGUUGCAUUAUUGUUAUGCAUAAGAGAGGAGCAUCAAUAUUAGGAGUUGAACAUCUCAGUGAUAUCUUUGUUUAUUCGAAACUGGCUGCUAUCUCCUUUUUAUUCAAUUUAAUUCAUGUUUGAUGUUUUGUAACAAAUUGGUUAGGUCGCAAGAUUUUUAUUAAAAAAAAAGAUUGAAUUUUGAAUUCUUAUGGUGGUUUAUAAGCUAACGAAAUGUGUAUCCACAUUUAUAAAGGUUGGCGAAAAAGCCCUUUCUUCUGUAAAUAACAUUAGUAUCUGGAGACUGAGAUGUGAUCACUAUGCGAAUAAACCUCCAAGCAAAGGUCCCUGGCGUGUUUUGUUCCUUGGAACAGAUGAGUUUGCUUUACAAAGCUUACAAGCCUUGUAUCAUACUAGGCAAAAAGGGAUAGUAAGUCGUUUAGAAAUUGUUACAGCUUAUAAAGGCGAAGAAAAUGCUGUCAUAAAAUAUGCUAAGAAACACAAUAUUUUGAUACAUAACUGGCCUCCUUCAAUUAGCAAAGAUGAAUUCGAUAUUGGAGUUGUCGUUUCAUUUGGACAUCUGAUUCCCUCAAAGAUCAUUGACUUAUUUCCAUUAGGGAUGAUCAAUGUACAUGGCAGUUUAUUACCAAGGUGGCGAGGGGCUGCUCCUAUUUGUCAUGCCUUAAUAAAUGGAGAUCAAGAAACUGGGAUUUCCAUCAUGAAGAUAAUGCCAAAAAAAUUUGAUAUUGGAUCGGUUAUUGUACGUGAAAAAGUCCAAAUUCAUCCAAAUGAAACUUACCUUGAACUGUACAAAAAGUUAGCAAUACUAGGUGCCAAUUUACUAACAGAGACCAUGAAUCAAUUGCCAGAUAUAUUGAACACUGCAAAACCUCAAGUUGAAACUGAGGUGACAUAUGCUCCAAAAAUAACACCAGAAAUAUCAUUUAUAAAAUGGAAUGAGAUGACUGCAGAACAAGUUUAUAACUUGCAGCGAGGACUUUUAGGAAUUCAUCCACUAAGAACAUAUUUUAACAAUCAAGUAAUAAAACUUUUAGAUAUCAAAGCUAUACCUGAGAGUACAAAAGUAAAUUGUUUGAGAGAAAAAGAACCAGGAUUGGCAAUCUACGAUAAGAAGAAUAAAAUUCUCUACGUCUCCUGCCAAGAAAAUAGUUGGAUCUCUGUUGGAACUGUCAUAAUUCCUGGCCAUCGACCGAAAUCAGCAACUGAUUUUGGCACAGGAUUUAUUUUAAAUCGAAAAGAAAAGUCAUGUAUAUUUUGUUAAAAAUAACUCUGUUUUUGCUUGUACAUAGUAAUUAUUAAUGUUAAAUAUAAGGACAUUGAAAGGUUAUAAUGAGUGAGAAAAUCUUUUUUUAAUUAUUUUAUUGCAAAUGAAUAAUUUUAUUCGCAUAAAAUACAAUGUAUUCAUAAGAAAUGAUGUAUAAAAUUUAUCUCACAUCGUUGACUGAAUUAAUCAAUUCACUUGCUGCCAUUGAUUUUGCACAAGAAUAUAAUUACUUUAAUUAAAUAGUGCUAGACAUAAUUUACCAAAGCACGAUGAUAAAUCCAAUUCAUAAUUUAAAAAAUACCUUGCAAAUAAGUCACGAUAAACUAAAUAUACAAUUUUAUCUUCAAAAUACAUCAAUAUUCUAUAUUCGGUAAUCAUAGAAAAAAAUUAAAGGAGAGUUUGCAGUUUCUCAUUACAAUUUUGUACAACUUGGUAAACUGUGCUCAAAAACGAUUGCAGGGUUUGUAAAAAUGAAGUAUCUCGUAACUUUAAAAAUAAAAACCUUCAACAGCUAUUAACAUGUAUAAAAAAUCAAAUAAAACAAAUCAAA